AUGGGCAAGUCUUGCUGCAACACAUUGAGCAGCUGCUCCACCGCCCAGCCAACUUGCCUGGCCACACCGCUGCUCCAGAAACGGCGCCGGACCCCAACCCCGCAGACUCCGCGCCUGUCGCAACGGAAUCCGCCACCUCCGACUGGACGCUACCGACCUAUGAGGCCGCAUCGCCCAGAGACGGAGCGGAGGCCGACCUCGCCAACGAGCUACAUGAUAGGCCCGCAGCUGCCGAGCAACCGGAAGCCCCCGUUCCAGCACCACACCGCUCACAGCGCACAAGAUCACAGCCGAGCCACCUUAAGGACUAUGUUUGUUCGAAGGGUUUGGGCUUCUGUCUUGCAGAUGAUCUGCUUUGAUGAGAAGUUGCGGCGGACGGGACCUGAGGAGCAGAACGGACACAACGGCCUCACCCUGGCCCCGCCGCACUCCCGAGUGAAUGGCUGGUCGUUGCCUCUCCACUCCUUCCAGGUAGUCACCCUGGGGCUUUAUGCCUACCUGGCUAUCAUCGGCUUUGGCAUCUACAUCCCUCUUCUCCCUCACGGAUGGAAGUAUGUGGCCUACACUGUGAUUGGCCUACUUUUUAUGUAUCACUUAAUUAAUCACCUGGUUGCUGUCACGAUCGAUCCGGCGGAUCAAAAUGUAUUGGCCAAGAAAAAUUACAACAAACCCAUGCCAAUUUUUGACCGCAGCAAAUGCAAGCAUGUGAUCCAAAACCAGCGCUGCUACCUUUGUGAAGUCGAAGUAGGGCCAAAAGUCAAACAUUGUAGUACCUGCAAUAAAUGUAUUGCAGACUUUGACCACCAUUGCAACUGGUUAAAUAACUGCGUGGGAAGCAAAAAUUACUGGUUUUUCUUCAACGCGGUGGCUUCGGCUGUGCUUGGGCUUUUUCUGCUGAUGUUGGUGGUCCUGUAUGUCGUCAUCCAGUAUUUUGUGAAUCCAGCAGAGCUCCGCACAUCUCCUCAGUUUGAAAGUGUUGGUGGGAAUGACACCUGGUUGGUCUUCCUUCCUGUCGCUCCAGCAGAGACGACAGCAGUCGCAAUCAUGUCUAUAGCAGUGCUAACUCUGCUUUUGGGGCUUGCCUCUUUCCUUCUGCUUGGACAUUUGCUACUGUUCCAUCUUUACCUCUUGGUUAAGAAGCUGAGCACGUAUGAAUACAUGACUCGACAUCGACCCAGAAGCAGUACUACAUCUCAAGAAAUGAACGUGGUAGGAACAUUUGAUGGCUCUAGCAGAAUGGAACCCUUACAGGAUUUAUCUGAAGUAAGACAACCAAAACAUUUGGAAGUUGCAGUGCUGCCAGCAUCAGAGCGCCACCCGUUCUACCUGGUGGACAAUUCUGGGCCCGGCCAGCAUCUUCCAUAA